GCCGGAGACCGAAGGGUCUAGGGGAGAGUCCCCUCGGAACUGGCAGUCACCGCGGCGUACGACCCUGGGGCUAGUAGCUCUCGGCUCCUCGAGAUGCCGUCGCGAGCUCCAGGACAGUGGCGGCUCGCGGGGACGAGGAACUACGUUUCCCAGAAGGCCGAGAGAAACUGGGGUCACAGGGAAAGCGCCCCGGGCGGCACAGCUUCCCGGCAGAUCUCUACGUUAUGACCCGGCUGUUGGGCUACGUGGACCCCUCGGAUCCCUGCUUCGUGGCUGCCAUCCUCACCAUCACUUUCAAUCCGCUCUUCUGGAAUGUGGUUGCAAGAUGGGAACAUAAAACCCGCCAGCUGAGCAGGGCCUUCCGAUCCCCCUACCUGGCCUGCUACUCCCUGGGCGCUGCCAUUCUGCUCCUGAACGUCCUGCGCUCACACUGCUUCACGCAGGCCAUGCUGAGCCAGCCCAAGAUGGAAAGUCUGGAUAACCCCACGGCCUAUCGUAUGGGCCUCGUGCUCCUCGGAGUGGGGAGCACCUUUGUCCUCUCCAGUUUCUUCGCCCUGGGCUUCACUGGGACCUUCCUAGGUGAUUACUUCGGGAUCCUCAAGGAGGCAAGAGUGACCACAUUCCCAUUCAACGUCCUGGACAACCCCAUGUACUGGGGCAGCACAGCCAAUUACCUGGGCUGGGCCGUCAUGCACGCCAGCCCCGCCGGCCUGCUGCUGACCGCGGUUGUGGCCCUCGUCUACAUGGUCGCCAUCCUGUACGAGGAGCCUUUCACUGCUCAGAUCUACCAGCAGAAAGCCUCCCCGUCCCACAAGAGGAGCUGACCGGGCCUGCGCCACGUCGCUGAGCGUCUGCUGCCUCCGGCCUGCCCCGAGUGUCAAGCCCUGCAGUGGGGAGAGGGGCCCCGGCUGCUGCUCGGUGUUCGCGCCUGGCGAGGGCCACUCCAGUGCCUUGGAAACCUCUGCCUUGGGGGCCCUGGACAUGCUGUUGUCUGGCCACUGAGUCCCCACCCCCACCCUGCUGCUCCCAGUAUGUCCUAACUCACCAAUAAAGGCACCCUGAUGCCAGCGUC